AUAACCUCAGAGCUUCUCUAAUUUGCAGAUCUACCACUCAACCAAUCUGACCUACCCCGGUCCCAAACAAUUAUAUAAAUAAGCAUCAUCUCCUCUCCACACCCUCACCACUCGUUCAAACCAGUCCACUCACUCAUCUCAGAUCCAAUCUGUACUCGCAAACAUCCAUGGCGCUCCUCGUUGAGAAGACAACCUCCGGCCGCGAGUACAAGGUCAAGGACAUGUCCCAGGCUGAUUUCGGUCGCCUGGAGAUCGAACUCGCGGAGGUCGAAAUGCCUGGACUCAUGUCCUGCCGCUCCGAGUUCGGGCCCUCGCAGCCCUUCAAGGGCGCCAAGAUCACCGGCAGCCUCCACAUGACUAUCCAGACCGCCGUGCUCAUCGAAACCCUCACCGCCUUGGGCGCCGAGGUUAGAUGGUGCUCCUGCAACAUCUUCUCCACCCAGGACCACGCCGCUGCCACCAUCGCGCGCGACAGCGCCGCCGUGUUCGCCUGGAAGGGGGAGACCUUGCAGGAGUACUGGUGGUGCACCGAGCGGGCCCUGGACUGGGGGUCUGACGGCGGGCCCGACUUGAUCGUGGACGACGGCGGUGACGCCACGCUUUUGAUCCAUGAGGGCGUGAAAGCCGAGGAGGAGUAUGCUAAGUCUGGAAAGCUGCCCGAUCCGAGCUCCACUGACAACGCCGAGUUUCAGAUCGUGUUGACCAUUAUCAAAGAUGGGCUGAAGUCUGAUCCAAAGAGGUAUACAAAGAUGAAGGAGAGAUUGGUUGGUGUUUCUGAGGAGACCACCACUGGAGUUAAGAGGCUGUACCAGAUGCAGGCUAAUGGCACACUGCUUUUCCCUGCUAUUAACGUGAAUGACUCUGUCACCAAGAGCAAGUUUGACAACCUUUACGGGUGCCGCCACUCUCUGCCAGACGGACUCAUGAGGGCAACCGACGUAAUGAUUGCCGGUAAAGUUGGUGUCGUGUGCGGUUACGGUGAUGUCGGAAAGGGUUGUGCGGCCGCCUUGAAACAAGCUGGGGCCCGCGUGAUUGUGACUGAAAUCGACCCAAUUUGUGCCCUUCAGGCCCUCAUGGAAGGCUACCAAGUCCUGACCCUUGAGGACGUGGUCUCUGAAGCCGAUAUCUUUGUCACCACUACUGGAAACAAGGACAUCAUAAUGGUUGACCACAUGCGCAAGAUGAAGAACAAUGCCAUUGUCUGCAACAUUGGCCACUUUGACAAUGAGAUCGACAUGCUUGGGCUCGAGACCUACCCUGGUGUGAAAAGAAUCACCAUCAAGCCACAAACUGAUAGGUGGGUCUUUCCUGAGACCAACACAGGCAUCAUUGUGCUUGCCGAGGGUCGUCUCAUGAACUUGGGUUGUGCCACUGGACAUCCUAGUUUUGUCAUGUCCUGCUCUUUUACUAAUCAGGUGAUUGCGCAGCUUGAGCUCUGGAAGGAGAGGAGCAGUGGGAAGUAUGAGAAGAAGGUUUAUGUGUUGCCUAAGCAUCUUGAUGAGAAGGUUGCUGCACUCCACCUUGGGAAGCUUGGUGCUAAGCUUACUAAGCUUUCCAAGGAGCAGGCUGAUUACAUUAGUGUGCCGGUUGAGGGUCCUUACAAGCCUGCUCACUAUAGGUACUAAAAGGGCUGGGGUUUGUGGCUCGAGUUUGUUUUUCUUUACAGUGUCUGGUUUUGUGUGUUUUUACGAAAUAGUGGUUUGGAAUUUUGGUGUGUUUUUCCGGGGAAGAAAUUAUGGAAUGGCCUCUGUUGAAGACAAUUAUGUUUUGGUCAAGGUUUGAGUUGUGUUUCGUUGGGUUUCGGUCAUUUUAUUAGACGGUUGAUGUCUUGCUUUACUUGCUUUAUUAUGAGGUGUCCAUUGGCAAAUGAAAACGAAGUAUUUUGUUUUCUGCAUCCAGAUGUUUGUUUGGGUUUUUUUUUGUGUGUGUGUGUGUGUGUGUGUGUGUUUUUUCUUUUCCGUUCUAUUAUCUAUUUUCUGG